UACACACGCAAUACAGGUUCUAGGCUGACAGGCAAAUUGGAGUUGCUAAAACACGCACGGAAAGCCUGUUCCUUUGGUCGCCGGCUUGGAUCUGAAAAUACACCAGUCACGAUCGACGCCGGCUUCACGGUGACAUCCACCGACAAGCCGUCAUGGCCAGUGGCAUUCGAUUAUUCCUGCAUCAAAUGCGGACGCCGUCAUUAUGUCUACAACCUUGCUGCCUCACGGAUUCUUAGAUUGUCGCCUUACAAUUACGGCAAUGUUUCUCUCCUCAUGCCGUUUCCAACUGUGCCUGAGCGGCCCCGACUUCUAUGUCUUGGUUGAUUUACACCUUGAGAGAAGGGCUCUCUCUAUCGCCUGUUGUCCAGCAGCCCGACCGGAAAAAUUGGUCGCACAGAAACCCGGCGAACUGAUGGCUGUGCCUCCAAAGAAAAUAGUUCGGUCACUUGCAUCUCUAUUUCGUGUGGUUUCCGGUUUGCUUCUGGUUCUCACCACUCAGCUUCCUUCAGUCGCCAGCCGUUGUAGGCUGGGUCAUCUCUGGCCAAACUGUCCGAGUUGACUCCAACGAGAUGAUUAAUGAGGCAAAAAUGGGAUUAUUUUACUUUCUGCAUUA